GGAGCGGGCGGUCCGGUUCAUCUUUCCAGCAUCAGCGCCAUUUGUGAAGUAGUCGCUUGUGCGUCAAACACUCAGUACGUAGUGGCUGCAUGUUCGAUUGCCGUAGAAUGGCAUUCUUAUUAUCGACGUGAAUUCUUGAAACACAUGCGAUUAACCACGAAUUAUUAUUUUUUUGGCAGAGUGGAAUGCCCCUUUUUUUUGUCCGCCGAUGUGUUUGUUCGAACACAUUAUUUUGGGAUUUUUUAUUUCUAGCAUAUCAUCCUUGCAUUUUUUACGGGCUAUGUCGACCAAAAAAGGCUCCAUGUUCCAGUGAUACGCAGCGCACAGAGGACUACUGUGGACCAAGCAGUGGAUUGGACACUCUUACAUGGGACUGGAUUAAACAAUCUCUUUUGGUAUUCUGAAGUGUCAUCUUCUAUCAUCUCAGCCGGAAAUAGAAAAAAGGAAACAAUUUUACUACUUGGACGAUAUUCAAAUUCACAGCAAAAAAAAAGUUUAGAGUUAUGGCUAUGUGGAGGCAACAUCUAAGGAAUGGACGUCUCCUACUUCAGCCUUCAUAUACAUGCAGCAAGAAAAUGCGAUACAUAGGUUUAGAUCAUCACGCAAGCACUGGCAAAUUGUGGUCCUUUCUAUGGCUGCUUCUACUGCUAAUCCACAUGUGUGCCGUGGACGCUGAGAAACUUGAUGAAAAUGACCCAGUGGUUUCGACCACCAACGGCAAGCUUCGUGGAAUGAAGAAGGAGUUGAACAAUGAGAUCUUGGGCCCUGUUAUACAGUUUCUUGGUGUCCCGUUUGCUGCCCCACCCACAGGCGAGCACCGCUUUCAGCCCCCUGAGCCUUCAGUGCCAUGGCCUGAUAUCCGCAAUGCAACACACUUUGCCCCAGUGUGCCCCCAGAACAUUGUGGAGGGCCGCCUUCCUGAUGUGAUGCUGCCAGUGUGGUUCACCAACAGCAUUGAAGUGGUAUCUGCAUAUCUCCAGGACCAGAGUGAGGACUGCCUCUACCUUAACAUCUAUGUGCCCACAGAAGAUGACAUCAGGGAGAGUGGAAGCCCCAAACCCGUGAUGGUUUUCAUCCAUGGUGGAUCCUACAUGGAAGGAACUGGGAACCUUUUUGAUGGCAGUGUCCUGGCCAGCUAUGGGAAUGUGAUUGUCAUAACGGUCAAUUACCGGCUGGGUGUUCUAGGUUUCCUGAGUACUGGCGACCAGGCAGCAAAGGGAAAUUAUGGUUUGUUAGACCAAAUCCAGGCUCUUCGCUGGACCAGUGAGAAUAUUGCAGCCUUUGGUGGUGAUCCUUUACGUAUAACUGUGUUUGGCUCAGGGGCUGGAGCCUCCUGUGUCAACCUUCUCACACUUUCUCACUACUCAGAGGGCAACCGCUGGAGCAACACCACAAAAGGCCUGUUUCAAAGGGCCAUCACCCAGAGUGGCACAGCGCUGUCAAGCUGGGCUGUUAGCUUCCAGCCAGCUAAGUAUGCUAGAACCCUGGCCCGCAAAGUUGGCUGUAAUCUUGAGGACACAGUCGAGCUCGUGGCGUGUCUUCAGAGAAAACAUUACAAAGAGUUGGUGGAUCAAGACAUACAGCCAGCACGGUACCACAUUGCCUUUGGACCUGUUAUUGAUGGCGAUGUAAUCCCUGAUGACCCGCAGAUACUCAUGGAGCAAGGUGAAUUCCUAAACUAUGAUAUUAUGCUCGGAGUGAAUCAGGGUGAGGGUCUUAAAUUUGUGGAGCUGAUCGUGGACAAUGAAAAUGGUGUUCAGGCAAAUGACUUCGACUACGCUGUGUCUAGCUUUGUGGAUGACCUCUAUGGCUAUCCAGAGGGUAAAGACAUACUCAGAGAGACCAUCAAGUUUAUGUACACAGAUUGGGCUGAUCGGCACAACCCAGAGACACGCAGGAAGACCUUGAUGGCCCUAUUCACUGAUCACCAGUGGGUGGCUCCUGCUGUUGCCACAGCAGACCUGCACUCUAGCUUUGGGUCUCCUACUUACUUCUAUGCGUUCUAUCAUCACUGUCAAACAGAACAGGUGCCACCGUGGGCUGACGCUUCUCAUGGAGAUGAGAUCCCCUAUGUGUUUGGCCUGCCAAUGAUUGGACCAACUGAGCUAUUUCCCUGCAAUUUUUCGAAGAAUGAUGUGAUGCUCAGUGCUGUGAUGAUGACUUAUUGGACCAACUUCGCCAAAACUGGGGACCCGAAUCAGCCUGUACCCCAGGACACCAAAUUCAUCCACACAAAGCCCAACCGCUUUGAAGAAGUGGCAUGGACACGCUAUAACCAGAAAGACCAGCUUUACCUGCACAUAGGCCUCAAGCCCCGUGUCAAAGAGCACUAUCGCGCCAACAAGGUUAAUUUAUGGUUGGAGCUGGUUCCUCAUUUGCACAGCCUAAAUGAUGUCACCCAUCUUAUUCCGACCACCACCAAGAUUUCUCCAUCAGGCGCAAGCAACCGCACCCCAAAACCAAAGGUUCAAGUGACUAAGAACUUCAACCCAACUCCAUUCCCAACUGAGACCCAGGACAUCCACAACCAACCACAUCUGGUGGACCAGCGUGACUAUUCCACUGAGUUGUCGGUGACUAUCGCUGUGGGAGCCUCUCUGCUCUUCCUCAACAUUCUGGCUUUUGCUGCUCUUUACUACAAGAAGGACAAGCAUCGGCAUGACAUCCACAAGCGUUGCAGCCCUCAACAGAAUGCAAACAAUGAGCUCUCUCAUAGCCAGGAAGAGGAGAUAAUGUCUCUUCGGAUGAAGGAACACUCAGACCUGGACCAAGACUGCAGGCAGCUGGGUGAUUCUGUUAAUCCUCAUGAUGUGUUGCUAAGGACUACCUGCCCACCAGACUAUACUCUGGCCUUGAGGCGCUCACCAGAUGACAUCCCUCUGAUGACGCCAAACACCAUUACCAUGAUCCCCAGUACUAUUGGACGGCUUACCUCCCUCCACUCUUUCAGCACCUUUUCCAGCAGCGAGCAAAAUAACACUCUUCCCCACCCUCACUCACAUUCCACCACCCGAGUAUAGUCCUGGACAGCCACCCAAACAGGCAGGACUCUCCUAACUAAUGCCACUGCUUUUUCAGAAACUCAAAUACCCUGUCAGGGGCUAACACCAGCCUGAACCACUAGUAGUGACAUUAUUAUCAAGGGAUAUAAGGCACUGUUUUUGCAUAAUAAAAAUCACAAAAAUGAAUAAGUACAAAACACCAAGAGUAAGAUAAUGAUCCAGGCACAUUCGUAUAUAUUUUUCAGCAUUUUUACUCUGAAAAUACAGCAAAAGAUGUAACUGUGUAAUCUGGAAGUAGGCUAUUGCUUGGAUCUGAGAUACAUGGGAAUAUAUACUCAAUGCACUGUAGACAACUAUAGGGCAGAUUCCAUUCAAAGCAAUUUUGGCAUGUACUUCAUGAAUGGAGACUUUUUUAAAUGAAAAGAUGAGAGAAAAAAAACUUAAGGAAGCGUAUGUAAUAUGCACAAUGGAAACCUAAAGAAGUUUUUCAUUAUUGUAUUUUCAAGUUUGAGAAUCGUGAAAAAAGUUAACAUUAGAACAAUUAAAAUAUUUAAUGCUGCACUUUGAGCAUCGAUGCUUUAUAGUCAUUCUAUUGAAUUGGUGGCCUGGUCUACAACUGUCGCAGAAGGACUGAACCUUAGGAUAUGCAGACAGUUCCAAAGAAAUCUGGGGGACCAGAAAGAUAAGUAGAUUUUAACACAAUGUGCAUGACAAUUCAUUUUCUUAAUAGCAUUAAAAUGAUCAUUUUCGCCAUCUUCUAAGGAAGUUUAGUUGAAUUUCCUGAUUGGAUUAUCAGACACACAUUCACAAAAUUUAGUCAGAAAUUCAGUCCUUCUACCUAUGGAUAUUGUGGCCUGGGACUAGGUAAAAGAAGAGAUAAAAAUAUCUAAAUAUCAGAUGGAAAUAUGAGGACAAGCUUUGCAAUCUAUGUAUGUGGUAACACUUCAUUAAGGGGAACUUAAUCCCCCAAUUUUUUUAUUUUUUUUUGCAAGACAAUUGUAUGUGCCAGCAUUAGUCAAAACAAGGUACUCUGAUUAAUAUUGUGUUUGUGGAAUAAGAAUUAAAUGGAAUAAUUAAUCAUCAUACGAGCAGUACCACUUCGAGAGAAAACGUCAUCAGUCCAAAAGUGAUGAAGUGACGUCACAAUUACUGUAGCUCGUUGCCUUACAUUUGCGUAAGUGUGGUCUGUUAAAAAUGGAUCGGGAGGAACUGCAACUGUCAGGCUGUCAGCAUCAAAGGUAAGUGUCCAGAUUCAUUUUCGCCUAUUAAACUACCUUUGAAAAGUAGUCCACCAACUCCACCAACUCUCCAGAGCCUACUGGUCGCGCUCCCCAGCUGAGUUAACGCCGCGACUGAUGAGAACAGCCAUUGUGCGUCCGACAUUACCCCGCUAACUGACUAAUGUGUAGCUUGUUGCUAAAUAAUGACCAACUCUAUCUGGUUUUGUCAGUAAAUAAAGCAGGCAGGAAGGAAGGACUGAUACAUAUCACCUUUUCGCAACUUUGCACACUUGCGAGAAUG